AUACAUAAAAUUAAAUACUUGCAGAUCAUGGCUUUAGACUGUGUUUCUCAGAAAAAUGAUGUGCUGUUACUGUGGUCUGGGAAUCUAGAAGCUGGACGUAUACAAGAAACUGUAAAGGAUUUGUCAGAUAAGGUUACUGAUGCAGGAUCUGUUAAAGUGGAAAAUCUAGACAGACUUCAAAUCACGUCAUAUUCAAAUUCAGCAUUUGGUGUGAUUGUGUCUGGUAUUGUUCCUCCCUACAAUACAAAGCACAGUAUAGAUCAGCUGGGUGAGGUAUGUCGCCUACUUAGACCUGGAGGUACUCUUGUUAUACAGCAGGCUGUGGAUAAUGGGUCCAAUGGAGGAACAUCAGAGGCUGAGAAAAUGGUGUCUUUGUUAAAAUUACCUGGAUUUGUUCAAGUGGAGCAGCCAACCAAGAGUGAUGAUUCUAACAGAACAAUUCUUCAGUGCAAGUGUAAAAAGCCAGAUUAUGAAGUUGGAGCAUCAACUCAACUCAAACUCUCAUUUGCAAAGAAAACAGGUGGGUGA